AUGGACGGAGACAAAAAUGAAGCAACCGGUGUUUUAGGAAGGAAUAAGCGACUAAAGUGGGAGACAAGAUAUAAAGACUUGGUAACUGCCGCUGAUCGGGAUAGAAGUCAGAUAUCGUCAUGUGGCAGUAUCGGGCGAUCGGCCUUUUGGCCUUAUUACUUGCAACAUGUAUCCAAGCACGAGAAGUCGAAUUAUUGCGUUCAAAGCGUUACAGCGGAGGUUCAUUCGCUUCCAGUAGUGCCAGUAGUUCAGCUAGCGCAAGUUCACUUGGCGGUGGCAGCAGUUUUUCCAAAUCCAAUUCACAAGCUGUCGGUAGUGCUUCGGCGGGUGCACAAUCUUCAGCUCUGUCAAGUGGCGGUGGAUACGGAGGCGGUGGCUUUGGUAGUCAAGGAGGUGGUUUUGGAAGUGGUGAACACGGUGGCGGCGGUUUCGGAGGGGGUGGACACCAUGGCGGCGGUCAAGGAGGUGGUUUCGGAGCGGCGGUGGCUUCGGAAGGCGGUGGUACACGGUGGCGGCGGUCAAGGAGGUGGUUUCGGAGGCGGUGGACAUGGUGGAGGCCUAGGCGGUGGACAUAGCGGUUUAAGUGGUGGAUAUGGUGGAGCAGGAGGAUUAAGUGGUGGUGGAUAUGGUGGAGCAGGAGGAUUAAGUGGUGGUGGACAUGGAGGUGGCUUAGGUGGCGGACAUAGUGGAGGAGGUCUAGGAGGUGGAUGUGCUACUGGAGGAUGUGGUGGUGCUAGCGCAAAUGCAAAUGCCCAAGCUAGUGCAAGUGCAAAUGCUGGUACUGGAGGAUAUGGAGGUCAUGCAGGUCUUGGAAGUCACGGCCCAGUAGAUAUAUUCUCCCGUAUCGGUGAAAGCGAUGAAGGUACAAGUGGUACAGUCGAUGGUGCCAAAGGAGUUUACAGCAGCAGCUCGGCGAACAUAGACAGUACUGGAAAAGGUACUUACUCCGUGAAAGCCGGUAAAAUUCCGGCAUAAACUGUAUUUAAUUUUCAUCUUGAUUUUCGAAAUUGUUUGUUACUUCGCUAGAGAUUCUCUUGAUAAGAAUGUAGCUGUGAUUAUAAUUCUGUUUUCAUAUAAAUCUAAAACAAUUAAAAACAAUUCAAACAAUUAUAAAACAAUUUAUGAUUUAUUUCUUAAUCGUCAAAUAAAUGAUAAGAAUGAUGUGACACCUAAAAUAAAUCCAUGAUUAUAUUCCAAAUUA